AAGUCUUAGUAAAAGAUUUCGCAAGUGUCUUAUGUGUCAGUUCUACAAUUUUGCUAGUGAACACUGAACAAUCCAAGAUCAUUAAGGAUAAGAAUAAUCAAUCAAUGAAGAAAGUAGCUGAAAAUGAAUGGUACACUCCAAACUCUUCUCAUUGUUGUACUGUUCCACACAUGAGCGCACAGUGGCAUAAGUUCAAACCGGCCGCUCCCUCCGACGAUAUAUAUACACAUAUGGAGCUAAUGUUCUCCUCACUAGCCAUUUGGACGACAAGUACUUCCCCCAUUUGAACCUCUUCAUCUCAUUCGGUGUUUUUCUUUUUUCUUUUUUUUUUGUGCUCCAUCUCAUUCGUUGAUCACUUCAUGAAAAUGGCAAGUAUUGACCUAAAGAACCAUGCAUUUCUCAUUCUAGUUGCCAUUCUUAUUCUAUGUGGGGACUUUGGUGCUUGCUAUGCUAGAGAAAGCAAGUCUUGCAGGCGGAGCAGAGUUCAUCUGUCCGGUGUAAUGGAUAAAGGCCGCAAGAAGUACAUUACUCCACCAGCAGCUGCACCUAAGCCUAUGCCACCAGCGCCCAUGCCUGUGCCUGCCCCAGCUCCAAAGCCAAAGCCUAAGCCACCAGCGCCCAUGCCUGUGCCUGCCCCGGCUCCAAAGCCUAAGCCUAAGCCACCAGCGCCUGCGCCCACGCCUAUUCCUGCACCACCGGCCCCCGCACCUGCACCAAGUCCUAAGAACUCUACAACGUUCAACGUACAAGAUUACGGUGCCAAAGGUGAUGGACACACAGAUGAUACAAAGGCAUUCCUUGCAGCAUGGGCAGCCGCUUGUAAAGUUGAAGCAUCAACAAUUCUCGUCCCAUCCGGAUCCGUUUUUCUCCUCGGCCCAAUUUCAUUUGCAGGGCCAAAUUGUAAACCUAAAAUUAUAUUUCAGUUAGAUGGCAAGAUAAUUGCUCCCACAAGCGCCACAGCUUGGGGAUCAGGUCUCUUACAAUGGAUCCAAUUCACUAAGCUUGCCGGGAUAAUUAUAAAAGGGGAAGGCAUUAUUGAUGGACAAGGCUCGGUUUGGUGGAACGAUGCAUCAGUCCAUGCUGGGACAGAUACAUUACAAAUCAUCCCCUCCAAAGGCCAAAAUAGAACCAAUGAAUUGAAUAAAAUGAUUAGUGCGGAACUGAGUGAAAUGCCAAAGACCAAGCCAACGGCACUCAGGUUCUAUGGCAGCAGUGAUGUGACAGUUACGGGCAUUACUAUACAAAAUAGCCCUCAUGUGCACCUCAAGUUUGACUCUUGUACAAAUGUUCAGGUUUCCGAUAUUAGCGUCUCAUCUCCUGGUGACAGCCCAAACACAGAUGGUAUCCACCUGCAGAAUUCCCAGAAUGUGCUCAUUCACAGCUGCGACCUUGCUUGCGGUGAUGAUUGUAUUUCCAUACAAACUGGAUGCUCGAACAUAUAUAUCCAUGAUAUAAAUUGUGGGCCAGGACAUGGCAUCAGCAUCGGAGGGCUAGGCAAGGACAACACCAGAGCUUGUGUCUCAAAUGUGACAGUGCGUAACACCGUAAUGCGCAACACCUUGACUGGUGUGAGAAUAAAGACAUGGCAGGGAGGCUCAGGUUCAGUAAAUAAUAUCAUGUUCUCAGACAUCCAAGUUUCCGAAGUUGAAACUCCAAUUGUGAUAGACCAAUACUAUUGCGAUAAAGAAAAAUGCAAGAAUCAAACAUCUGCUGUGGCGAUUUCAGGCAUUAAUUAUGCCAACAUACAAGGAACUUACACAGUACAACCGGUAUACUUUGCAUGCAGCGACAACUCGCCUUGCACAGGGAUAUCUCUCGCAACCAUACAGCUAAAGCCACAACAAACAAGCCACAAUUUGUAUGGCCCUUUCUGCUGGGAGACAUAUGGAGAGUUGAAAACCUCCACAGUCCCUCCGAUUGACUGCCUGCAGAAAGGCAAACCAUCGAAUGGCCCUUCUGAGAUUGAUUCAUGCUAGGUUUAGUGUAGGUAGCACCCGGAAAUGCCCUAAAGGUUCCUGCGAUUCUAUAGGACUCAAUAGGUUUAGUAAAUAGCAAAGUCACUAUACAAUAAUAUAAUACAUGUGAAUCAGUAUUUGUUUUGCCUAA